AUGCUACAGCAUCAGAUCGUCCAAUCUCCGGCGAGAUUAGGGCUCACAGGUCCUGGCUCUCCGUCCGUACAAAAUCCAACGCCUCCUCGUCAUGGCCAUCCAACCUCUUCUUCAUCCUCCCAAUCUCAGCACCAACAGAUCCAACAACCUUCUAAUCUACUACCUUCCACCACCGUCGCCGCCGCUUCCUCAGCCUCGGCGGCUAUUUCGUCGUCUGCUUUGCUAUCACUCCUUCCGCCAUUGCCGCGAGCUCAGGCUCUUCUCCAGCAGAUGGCGGUUUUAUCGUCUAAGCUCUUCGAUGUCUCUCCCAACCGCGCUCUCUGGCUCUCCGCUUUCCGUGGCUCUCUCCCUUCGUUCCUCUCCUCCCACUCGCUUCCGCCGCCUCCGCCGCUAGAGAACCCUAAUCCUUCAUCCACCAAGGAAAUCCUCUCUCAGUUCAAUUCCCUCCAGACUCAGCUCUUCGAAGCCGUUACGGAGCUUCAGGAGAUCCUCGAUCUCCAGGACGCGAAACAGAAGGUCGCUCGUGAGGUCAAAUCCAAAGACUCGUCUCUUCUCGCGUUCGCCAACAAGCUCAAGGAAGCAGAACGUGUUCUCGAUAUGCUCGUUGACGACUACGCCGAUUAUCGCAAGACGAAGAGAAGCAAAAUUGCAAGUGAAGAAGAAGAAGAUGACAAUGAGUCUCCUUCUUCAUCCUCUGUCACAACUACAGUUUCUUCUCAGCUCAAAUUAAAGGACAUAUUAAGCUACGCUCACAAGAUUAGCUACACCACAUUUGCUCCGCCGGAAUUCGGUGCAGGGCAAGCACCUCUCCGUGGUGCAUUCCCACCAGCUCCACAAGACGAGCAAAUGAGAGCUUCUCAGCUCUACACUUUUGCUGAUCUCGACAUUGGUCUACCGAAAACCGUAGAUGACAUGGAGAAGAAGGUUGAAGCACUGAUCGAGCCACCACCACCACCAGAAACUGUGAAUCUUUCCGCGAUUCAAAACCUUCUUCCGCCUAAUAUCGCAGUUCCUUCUGGAUGGAAACCAGGGAUGCCUGUGGAAUUGCCUAAAGACUUGCCAUUGCCACCUCCUGGAUGGAAACCAGGAGACCCUGUUGUGUUACCGCCAUUGGAGUCGUUUCCUUCGCCUAGAGCUCAGGAGCAGCAACACAUGCGGCCUCCUCCGGGACUUCACAGACCGCCUGAUGUCAUACAGGUCCGAGCUGUUCAGCUCGACAUUAUGGAGGAUGAUAGCAGUGAGUACAGCAGCUCAGAUGCAAGCUCCGAUGAUGAGGAUUGA